AUGGCGAUUCUACUUCCCGACUCCGUCAGCCCUGAGGCCUGGAAACUUGCCCUUGGCUUGUUCGCUCUCCUGACCGUGGCCUACAUCUCCCGCUCGGUCGGUCUGUUCCGAUCGAGUAAACCCUCGUCUCAUGGCCUCAAGUCGAACAACAGCAAACAUGGAAAGUCAAAUCAGGAGCCCGAGCUCUACAAGAUGCCCAUCCCAAAACCGUACCCCAACUGGUCAAUUGAGACGACAAAACCGCUCCCGUACCGCGCCUUUCGAUAUGGCCCCAAGUACUACGUCACGAUGGGUCUGCGGUCGAUCCAGCCCGACGAGUGGAUUGAGCUCGACAACCACUUCCCCAAGUACCACGCGGACAAAGUCGCUCGCAUCCAAGAUCGAAAGGAGAAAUGCGUCGGGACGCACCCCGACGCCUACCCCGCCGCGAUGGAGCUCCUAGAAGAACUAGUCCAAUACCUCCCCAACCGGUACCCGACGCUGUUCAGGCGCACCGCCGUCGGCAUCGACAACAUCUGGUCCGGCGAGUCCUUCAACAUCGUCGAGAAGCCCCUCGCGGAGGACCCCAUGGCCAUCGCGGCCAAGCUGGUGCAGGACGACCUCGCGGUGAUGAUGGAGCGGCCGGACGGGCAGUACUACCUCCUCGCGGGCGCCAUCUGCCUGGCCGGCUUCUGGCGGCUGGGCGACAAGUACGGCAAGUCGCUCGAGGAGAUCCACACGUCCGGCGACGUGCCGCACUACAAGGAGAAGCUGCACACGGGCAUGGCCAGCUUCUUCCGGCGCCUGCGGAGCGACCAGAUGUACUCGCGCAACAACUACUUCAUCCAGGUCGACGACUCGCUGCCGUGGAGCUGGAGCAUCGGCGGGGAGGACGACCCCGUCGUCAGCUGGAGCACCGCCGAGAAGAACAGGGCCAUCGAGAACCACUACUUCCGGUCCGAGAGGCAGUCGCUCCGCCGCCUGCCCAAGACGCGCGCGGUGGUCUUCACGAUCCGGACGUACUUCCACCCCAUCACGGAAAUGGUCGCGGAGGACUUCGUGCCGGGUAGGCUGGCGAGCGCUAUUCGUAGCUGGGAUGAUAAGGUGGCCAACUACAAGGGGCGAGAGAUGUAUGAGAAGGUCCUUUUGGAAUAUCUUGACAAGGAGCAUCAGAAGCAACUCGAUAGAGGCUUGGACUUGGAGAAGGAGGAGGAGGUUCAUAAAUAUCCGUGGUGA